GGCUCCAACAACCCAUUUCCUCUUGAAUCUUCGAGGAGAGGGGACAGAAAACGGCGCUAUGAGGCCCCCGAGAAGAGCCAGGUGAUCUAAUGCCGUUCAUCAUAAGGGCAAGACCCCUGAGGGGGGCACAGUAUGCCAGCAACAGAAGGACCACUCCCCACACUGCCACCUCAGCGCCCUGGUCAGAAAGAAACACCCAUCUGCACCAGCUCCAUCCACCACAGUCCCUUCAUCCUCCAGCUAGCACUGGCAAGCCUGUUGGCUCUGCUCAUGGCCUCCUUGGGGCCAGCAACUCCAUUCAGGGCCCUGGUGGUGCUGCUCCUGGAGUCAGCCCAGUCCUCGCUUGGCAUGCUGCCAUUAGCGCUGCCCGCCAAGCACAGGGCGAACCUGAAAAGCCCAACACGACUUCACAGCCCUCAGUUUGUACUACUACUGGGCCAGCUCCUGUGGGCUCACUGGCACAGAAGAAGAGGCAGCAGUAUGCCAAAAGCAAAAAACAAGGAGGAUCCACCAGCAGCAGACCUCCCAGAGCUCUUUUCUGCCUCACGCUCAACAACCCGAUCCGCAGAGCCUGCAUCAGCCUGGUGGAGUGGAAACCCUUUGAUAUCUUUAUACUGCUGUCUAUUUUUGCCAACUGCGUGGCCUUAGCCAUCUACAUCCCCUUUCCUGGAGACGACUCCAACUCUACCAACCAAGAACUGGAGACAGUAGAAUAUGCCUUCCUCAUCAUUUUCACAAUAGAGACAUUUCUGAAGAUUAUUGCCUAUGGCCUGGUGAUGCACCAAAACUCCUACGUCAGAAACGGCUGGAACAUGCUGGACUUUGUCAUCGUCAUUGUGGGGUUGUUCAGUGUGGUUCUGGAGAUGAUAACCAAAGAUGCAGAUUCUGGUGGCCAGUCUGGAGGCAAACCUGGAGGGUUUGAUGUCAAGGCCCUCCGAGCCUUUCGCGUACUACGACCCCUUCGCCUUGUCUCUGGAGUUCCCAGUUUACAGGUGGUUUUAAAUUCCAUUAUUAAAGCCAUGGUUCCCUUGCUUCACAUCGCUCUGCUGGUCCUCUUUGUCAUUAUUAUCUAUGCUAUCAUCGGCCUGGAGCUUUUUAUUGGCAAAAUGCAUGCUACCUGCUACGUGACAGAAACAGGUGCCCUUGCAGAGGAAGAGCCAGCGCCGUGUGCAAUAUCAGGGCAUGGCCGUCAUUGCCUGCUCAAUGGUACAGUUUGCCGGGAGGGCUGGCAAGGCCCCAACAAUGGCAUCACCAACUUUGACAAUUUUUUGUUUGCCAUGCUCACUGUGUUCCAGUGCAUCACCAUGGAGGGCUGGACUGACGUUCUCUACUGGAUGAAUGAUGCAAUGGGCUUUGAGCUGCCGUGGGUCUACUUUGUCAGCCUUGUCAUCUUCGGAUCCUUCUUUGUUCUUAACUUGGUUUUGGGUGUGCUGAGCGGAGAAUUUUCCAAAGAGCGAGAGAAGGCCAAGGCUCGAGGUGAUUUCCAGAAGCUGCGUGAGAAGCAGCAGUUAGAAGAGGACCUAAAGGGCUACCUGGACUGGAUCACCCAGGCAGAGGACAUCGACCCUGAGAACGAGGAGGAGGGAGACGAGGAGGGCAAGCGUAACCGGGUCACGCUGGCUGACCUUACUGAGAAGAAGAAAGGAAAGUUUGGCUGGUUCACUCAGUCCACAGAGACACAGGCGAGCAUACCCACAAGCGAGACAGAAUCAGUGACCACAGACAAUCACAAUGGAGAGGACGACAAAUCACCAUGCUGUGGUCCGCUGUGUCAAAAAAUUACUAAAUCAAAGUGCAGUCGUCAGUGGCGUCGAUGGAACCGUUUUUGCCGCAGGAAGUGUCGUGCAGCCGUGAAAUCGGUGACCUUUUAUUGGCUUGUCAUCAUCUUGGUGUUCCUCAACACGCUCACCAUCGCCUCUGAGCACUACAACCAGCCAGACUGGCUGACUGAAGUACAGGAUGUUGCCAACAAAGUUCUUCUGGCCUUGUUCACCUUGGAGAUGCUGGUGAAGAUGUACAGCUUGGGGCUGCAGGCCUACUUUGUAUCCCUGUUUAACCGCUUUGACUGUUUUGUGGUGUGUGGAGGCAUCGUAGAGACCAUCCUGGUGGAGCUGGCGAUCAUGUCUCCACUGGGUAUCUCCGUUUUGCGCUGCGUACGCCUCCUUAGAAUCUUCAAAGUCACACGUCAUUGGGCAUCUCUCAGUAACCUGGUGGCCUCUCUUCUCAACUCCAUGAAGUCCAUCGCCUCCCUGUUGCUGCUGCUUUUCCUCUUCAUCAUUAUCUUUUCCCUGCUUGGCAUGCAGCUUUUUGGGGGGAAGUUCAACUUUGAUGAAACUGUGACUAAAAGAAGCACUUUUGAUAACUUCCCCCAGGCCCUCCUCACUGUUUUCCAGAUCUUGACAGGAGAAGAUUGGAACACAGUAAUGUAUGAUGGUAUCAUGGCAUACGGUGGUCCUGCCUCCUCUGGAAUGGUGGUCUGCAUUUACUUCAUCAUCCUCUUCAUCUGUGGAAACUACAUCCUGCUAAAUGUUUUCUUGGCCAUUGCUGUUGACAACCUGGCAGAUGCAGAGAGCCUGAACACAGCACAGAAAGAGGAGGAAGAGGCGAAGAAGAGGAGGAAUAGUGCCAAGGACGCAAGCGCUGAUAAAAAGAAAUGUGACAUAGCAGAAGGCAAAGAUGGUGAGACCAAGGUGCCGCUGGAGGGCUUGCAAGAGGAAAACAAAGAGUUGUAUCCUUCCAGUGACUCUCCAGUGUGCGAUGAUGGUACCGACAAUGAAGACCUUCCAGAUGUCCCCUCUGGGCCUCGCCCUCAGCGGCUCUCUGAACUCACCAUCAAAGAAAAGGUUCCACCGAUCCCUGAAGGCAGCGCCUUCUUCAUCUUCAGCAGCACUAAUCCGUUUCGUGUAUUUUGCCAUAAGCUGAUCAACCAUCAGAUCUUCACCAACCUCAUCCUGGUCUUCAUCAUGCUUAGCUCCGUCUCGCUGGCUGCCGAAGACCCCAUACGCAACUUUUCUGCUCGCAAUAUCAUACUUGGUUAUUUUGACUAUGCUUUCACCGCAAUCUUUACUGUUGAGAUCCUGUUGAAGAUGACAGCAUUUGGAGCAUUCCUACAUAAAGGGGCAUUCUGUAGAAACUACUUUAACCUAUUAGACCUGCUGGUUGUUGGUGUGUCUCUGGUGUCCUUUGGUAUUCAGUCCUCUGCUAUCUCAGUGGUGAAAAUUCUCCGUGUUUUGCGAGUUCUUCGUCCGCUCAGGGCCAUCAACAGAGCUAAGGGACUCAAGCACGUAGUCCAAUGUGUAUUUGUGGCCAUCAGGACCAUUGGCAACAUCAUGAUCGUCACCACUCUGCUGCAGUUUAUGUUCGCAUGUAUUGGAGUGCAGCUUUUCAAGGGUAAAUUUUAUCGAUGCACAGAUGAUGCAAAGUCCAGCCCAGAUGAGUGCAAGGGUACAUAUAUACUCUAUAACAAUGGGGACACGGCGAUGCCCAUGGUGAAGGAGAGGAUCUGGUAUAACAGUGAAUUCAACUUUGACAACGUCCUCAUGGCCAUGAUGGCUCUUUUUACUGUCUCCACCUUUGAGGGAUGGCCCACUCUGCUGUACAAGGCCAUCGACUCCAACAGGGAGAACAUGGGCCCUAUCUACAACUACCGCAUCGAGAUCUCCAUCUUCUUCAUCAUCUACAUCAUCAUCAUUGCCUUCUUCAUGAUGAACAUCUUUGUUGGUUUUGUCAUUGUUACGUUCCAGGAGCAAGGGGAAAAGGAGUACAAGAACUGUGAGCUGGACAAGAAUCAGCGUCAGUGUGUCGAGUACGCGCUUAAAGCUCGCCCUCUUCGGCGCUACAUUCCCAAAAACCCCUACCAGUACAAGUUCUGGUAUGUGGUGAACUCCACUGGCUUCGAGUAUGUCAUGUUUGUCCUAAUCAUCCUUAACACCUUAUGUCUGGCCAUUCAGCACCAUGGUCAGUCUCAUCUGUUUAACUAUGCCAUGGACAUCCUGAACAUGGUCUUCACUGGGGUUUUCACUGUAGAAAUGAUCCUCAAACUCAUUGCCUUCAAGCCCAGAAACUAUUUUGCUGAUGCAUGGAACACGUUUGAUGCCUUAAUUGUUGUGGGUAGCGUGGUUGACAUUGCCAUCACUGAGAUCAAUAACACAGAGGACAGCGCUCGCAUCUCCAUCACCUUCUUUCGCUUGUUCAGGGUGAUGCGAUUGGUCAAACUGCUGAGCAGGGGGGAGGGGAUCAGGACCCUCCUGUGGACCUUCAUUAAGUCCUUCCAGGCUCUUCCUUAUGUUGCACUCCUGAUAGCCAUGCUGUUCUUCAUCUAUGCUGUAAUUGGAAUGCAGGUGUUUGGGAAAAUAGCAAUGGUAGAUGGAACGCAAAUCAACCGCAACAACAACUUUCAAACCUUUCCUCAAGCUGUCCUGAUGCUCUUCAGGUGUGCUACGGGCGAGGCGUGGCAGGAAAUCAUGCUGGCCUGCAUGCCGGGCAAGCUGUGUGAUUCAGAGUCAGACUACAACCCCGGAGAGGAGAGGACCUGUGGCAGCGGCUUUGCUAUUAUCUACUUCAUCAGCUUCUACAUGCUCUGUGCUUUCCUGAUCAUAAACCUAUUUGUAGCUGUCAUCAUGGAUAAUUUUGACUAUCUGACCCGUGAUUGGUCCAUUCUCGGGCCGCACCACUUGGACGAGUUUAAAAGGAUCUGGUCAGAAUACGACCCUGAAGCUAAGGGCAGGAUAAAGCAUCUUGAUGUAGUAACUCUGUUGAGGAGGAUCCAGCCCCCACUGGGCUUUGGCAAGCUCUGCCCUCACAGAGUGGCCUGUAAGCGUCUGGUGGCAAUGAACAUGCCCCUGAACAGUGACGGAACUGUAAUGUUUAAUGCCACCUUGUUUGCUUUGGUCCGCACUGCUCUCAAGAUUAAGACUGAGGGUAACCUGGAGCAAGCCAAUGAGGAGCUUAGAGCGGUGAUCAAGAAGAUCUGGAAGAGGACCAGCAUGAAGCUGCUGGACCAAGUGGUGCCCCCAGCAGGCGAUGACGAGGUAACAGUGGGGAAGUUCUAUGCCACCUUCCUGAUACAGGACUACUUCAGAAAGUUCAAGAGGCGCAAGGAGCAAGGUCUUGUGGGAAGGCGCUCAUGGGAGAGGCUGAACACUACCUUGGCUCUACAGGCUGGCUUGCGCACGCUGCAUGACAUUGGACCAGAAAUCCGUCGCGCCAUUUCAUGUGACCUACAGGAGGAAGGACUUGUAGAUGAAAACGGAGAGGAAGAGGAGGAAAUCUACAGACGUAAUGGCAGUCUUUUUGGGAACCACGUCAAUCAUGUCAGUGGGGAUCAGCAGGGCUCUUCCCACCCCACCACAGUCACACAGCGGCCACUACAGAUCCUGCCCUUCUCCAGCACUGCCUCAACUGAACCCACACAUAUUGGCAGGAGAGGCAGCAGCAACGACAGGGAAGGAGAGACAGAAUUGAACUCUUCACCCAUCCAGCACAAUCAACAUCAUCACACCACUCAUCUGUAUAAUUACCCUCACUGUAAUUCCACUUGUCAUCAAUCGCCAAUACCUUCCAAUGCCAAUCUCAACAAUGCCAAUGUGCCCUCACUUCUCUCCAUAACCAUUGCGAGGCAGCAGAAGUGUUUAAGACGGAGUCGGCCGUCAUCCACCAGAAAUGGAUCAUCAACAACUACUUACAGCAAAGGACUGCAAGUCAAGCCUUGGAAGUCACACUCCACAAGGACACGCUACUAUGAGGCCUAUAUUAGGUCAGAGAGCAGUGGAGUGCUUUACCCCACCAUUCGUCGAGAGGAGCGGGGUGAUGGGGACAGUGAUGAAGAGAGAGGCUCAGGAGAGUACUACAGUGGGGAGGAGUUUCAUGAAGAUGACAUCAUGCUCACAAAGGAAAGGUUGUCCAACAAUGACUGCCAUGAUGACACAGAGGGAGAUUUUGACCUUGUUUCCAGGGGUGAUUGCCAGUCUGAUAGUUACUGUGAUGAUGAUCAACAGCCAAUCUACCAAGACAGCAGGCCGUCACCCAGGAAAUGGUUUUUACCCUCACCUCAAGCCUCCAACAGACCAACAUUCAGUUUCGAGUGUCUUCGCAGAAGAAGUAGUGAAGAUAAUGCCCCUCCUUCUCCAUCAUGCACAGCUCUUCCACUACACCUGAUGCAGCAACAGGUGAUGGCGGUGGCUGGUCUCGAUGCAAGCAAAAUUCACCGUCUGUCUCCCACGAGGUCCAUGCGCUCCUGGGCCACACCUCCUGCCUCCCCAGUUAGCCGUGACUUCUCGCCCAGCUACACGCCACUCAUACAGGUGGACUGGCGCAGUCCUGGCAGCGUGGCCAGCAUCCCUGGAGCAGUGAAGAGGAGUUCAUGGUAUACAGAUAGCCAGGACGGCCCUCCCAGCCAAAGCCACUCUCCAUCACGCCUGCAUUUACCCACAGAGUGCUGCUCACACUGCCUGCAAAAGAGAGGCAGUGCCAACAGCCUGGUGGAAGCUGUGCUAAUUUCUGAAGGUUUGGGGAAAUACGCCAGGGACCCUAAGUUUGUAUCAGCAACCAAACAUGAGAUUGCAGACGCCUGCGAGAUGACCAUCGACGAAAUGGAGAGUGCUGCCAGUAACCUGCUGAAUGGGAGUAUGGGUAAUGGCAACACAGGGAGGACAGGGAGCGUCAGCUCUGAGCCACAUGCCAAUGCGCAUAUAAGGGACCACAGUAUCCGUGACUACAGUGAUGAGGAGCCAUACGUGGCUGUGAAAUGUGAGGAGGACCUAACAGAUGAGAUGAUAUGCAUCACUUCACUAUAGCAGCAGCUCACACUGGGAUAUAUUUAGGUUUUUUUCAAUUGAAUAUUUACUACUGUUCUGCAGUAAAGGGGACACCUCUGCUCAAGUGCAUCAUGCAAUAAUGAAAAAAAACAUGUAAAAAGCAGAUGGAUAAGAGAGCAAAGUGCCUUGUUUUCUCUUAAGAAAUGAUGAAGAAAUGGUUGGGUUCAUGGAAACUUUUAGAUAAAUUCAACAAAACAGAGGAAAUGGAUCUACCUGCUAACCAGUCUGUCAUCUAGCAAGAAUUCAAACCGCUAAACUGAGGUUUUCUUUACUAUUACAGCGGUUUGUUACAGCGGAAAAGCUCAACAAAGGGGACCAGCUUAAUCAGCUUCAGUGUGAGGCGAUGGUGGGCCUGUCAAGCUGCAUUGUUCUAAAAUGAAUCUACACUGUUUACCUAAUAUAAAGAGCCAAAAAACAAAAAGUGUUCCACCAUUUCAAUCAUUUUUAGAUGCCAGUGUAUGAUUUUUUUUUCUUACAGAAGCUGAUUUUAUUGAAAUGAUUAUAGAGAAUUUUCCAAAGCAUUUAACUUGUUUUCCACCAUUGCCAGGCCAGUGAGAGGUCUGGUCUUAAAAUGAAGCUGGCUUUGGUUGUCCAGUGAUUCCAAACUUCCCUGUAUUCAGUCACCAGAUUCAUGUAUAUAUAUAAAAUGUGUGAUUUUAGCCUUUUAUUGGUCAUGUUAGCAGACACUGGUUGUUCAUGUUACAUUUUCACCUUCAUGACUCCAAUUAGAUAAAAAAAAAAAAAAAAAAAAACUUGAUCGAAACAGUUUUUUUUUUUCUCGGUAGUCUUUAACUGCUCUGGGUUCACAGUUGAGGAUUUCAGGGUUAAACGUUGCUUUGCCUCCGUUUUUGACUUGAAAAGGAAAUCACAUAUCAAUAAAAAAAAAAGACUUUGUCCUCAGGCAUAUCCUUCUUCUUCAUGUGCUCGCUGACACAGACUCCAAGUCCUCCCUUUACACCAACAGCAGUGCUAUAUUUAUCUAAAUGCCCUAAAGACAAAGGAAUAUUAGGAUGCUACAUGCCACUCACUGUCCACAAGGAUCCUUAACUUUGAAGGCAAUGAUUUUUAUUUUAUUUUUUUUGUUAAGCCCUUCGCUCAGAAUAUGCAAUGAUUGUCAUUAGUAUGAAAAUGAAUCCACGCUGAGAACGUGUUAGCGACAGUAGAUGAUGUAUGGGGUUAUCGUGUGGUGUCUCAUCAGUCUGUAAUGUAAAACUAAUGUGUGAUACUUGGACUGCUCAUGUUUUAAAAAGAACAGCGAGAAACAAAGAAGUCCG